AUGGGGAAUCUUGGGGAAUAUCUGGGUUCGGAAUUCAAGGGCCUCGAGGAGUCCCCAACUCACCCCGGGAUCGUCAAAAAAAAGACGAGGCGCGCCGUCCCGAUGUGCGAGGGUCCUCCGCCGAAGCUCGAGAAUCCGAGUGACCCCGAGCUGGACGCCGAGGGCCGCGUGCUGACAGUCGAGUUCCCUGCCCUGUGCAUCAUCUGCGUCUACGUGCCCAACUCCGGGCGAGGCCUGGGCCGCCUGAGCUUCCGGCAGGCCUGGGACGAGCGCUUCUGCUCCUUCGUGUCCCAGCUGGACCGGUCCAAACCGGUCGCCAUCUGCGGCGACCUCAACGUCGCCCACCAGCCCUUGGACCUGAGGAACCCGUCGGGGAACAAGAGGAGCCCCGGGUUCACGCGGGAGGAGAGGGAGCUGCUGGGGGCGGGCUUCCUCGACAGCUUCCGGGUGUUUAACCCCUUGCUGCCCAACGCCUUCACCUUCUGGACCUACCUGAGCGGGGCCAGGGCCAGGAACGUGGGCUGGAGGCUGGAUUACUGCCUGUGGUCCCAGAGGGGCAGGAAGGAUCUGUGCGACAGCAGGAUCGAGCAGCGGGCCCAGGGCAGCGACCACUGUCCCGUGGGGAUCUACCUGGCGCUGGAGGGGGCAGGCUGA